GCCGGCAGCCUUAAAACAAGAGCAGACUACUGAAAAAAUCCCUCAGAGGCUCUUUUAUGCCCUACAGAGUAACAAAGCCAUAGAAAACAAGAGACAGAGGGUGUACUGUGGGUUAUUUAGUGAAGCCAGAAGAAUAAUACACUCCUGUGUUCCUGUGACCUCUCCUACGACAACAGCCUCCAUCAGAGCCGAGCAGGUGGAGACUGAAAUCAGCCUCCCAGCACAUUCUUACACUUCUCUGACAGGACAAUAUCAGCUGCAGAAAUGGGAUGCUUUGGAUUCCUCAAAGUCAUGAUGUUUGCUUUCAAUGGCAUCAUCUUUUUGGCAGGUGCCACUAUCCUUGGUGUUGGGAUCUGGGUGAAGGUGGACAGUGGAUCUGUCCUCAGUUUCCUUGGGAAAAUUGAACAAGCGCCAGCAGCGCUCAGUCAGUUGCUCAAUGUGGGCUACCUGUUGAUUGCGAUAGGUGCUCUGCUGGUCAUCAUCGGCUUUCUCGGAUGCUGUGGAGCCAUCAAGGAAAGCAAAUGCAUGCUGCUGCUGUUCUUCAUCAUAGUCUUGCUGGUCUUCAUCGCAGAGGUUGCAGGAGCAAUAGUGAUUUUGGCCUUCAGACCUCUGGCAGAUCAGCUGAUCUCCCAGGUUGGCACGGCAGCUGUUGCCAGCAUCAGGAAGGACUUCGGGAGGAAUCCAGACGUCACAGGACUGUGGAACAGUACAAUGAGCACGUUAAGCUGCUGUGGAUUCAACAACUUCACAGACUUUACAAGUUCUCCAUAUUAUACUACAAAGAACAGCACAUAUCCGCCACAGUGCUGUCUGGGUGUUGUCCAAUGCAAUCAAACACUGGCACAAAGCACGGGGAUCUAUGGUUGCUAUCCACGAAUCAAGCUUCUGAUUGAUAAGAACGCCGUAGUUAUUGUGGCCGUAGCCUUUGGAAUUGCAGCUUUGGAGAUAUGUGCCAUGGUUGUCUCAAUGAUCCUGUACUGCAGAAUAAAAUCCACGAUGGCCUGAGUACACACAGUAAACGCCUCAAAAGGAUCUUUUUAAUCACGCCUUAUAUUGCCUCCUGCAGUGGCUCAUCGCUGAAGACAGUGACUGUCUGGUCUUGUGCAAUCAAGAACUACUUAAAGACAUAACGCAGAUAUUUUUAAUAGACAUACAUCUAUCUAAUAGAGUCCAUUUAUGAAUGUAAAUCGUUUAUUUCUUAAGAACAGUUUACUACGCACCAGUUGUAAAUGUCAAGGAGUGCUCUUGCCUUCAACACAGAGCCAGUUAAUGAGGAAUCACACGGUACAGUUACUGUGAUAAUGAAACGAGAGCUGGUGUCUGUGUUGGAGACGGGAAGCACUACUGUGGAGGUUUUUGCCAUAAUGUAGCUUGUAAAAUGGUAAAUCUUUAUGUGUUUGUAAAUUGUAAAGUGAUUGAUUUUGGAAUAAAGCUUAUACCU